UGAUGUGUGGCUGAUGUGUGUGCUUAUAGUGCCAUGAGAUUGUGAUCAUUCUGGAGACCAACAUGUGGGGUUCACUAUCAGUGAGGGAUUGAAACCCUUCCGUGUUUUUCAUGGUUAAAGAUGAUAUUUGCUGACAGUUCAUUGUGCCUGCAGGCAUGGAUACCCCCAUCGUGGCGUCCCCUGAGUCCCAGGAUCCCCCAGACCCCCACAUGGCGGAGACGACUUCAUCUCCAUCACCCAAACCGGUACUGGUUCGGAAGAGGGUGAAGAAACCUGAUCGUGUGAUAAGACUGAAGAAGGUAUGUGAACAGUGUGGUAAGGCUUUUAACAAGUCGAGCAAAUACCUUCAGCAUCUGCGCACGCACAGGCCACUUCUUCAGUGUGACAAAUGCAGCUUCAAGACAAAAGAUACCAAGAGAUUUCGGAUACAUGGGAUAACACACAAGAAAGCAAAUCCUGAUGUGAGAUGCAACAUAUGCAGUGAACUUUUUGCUACAGAAGUUACUCAGAGAAUCCACAAGAAAAAAAUUCAUAAUAUCCAUGAAUGUAAACAUUGUUAUACGGACUAUGAUUCUGAGGCUAAAUUAAUCAAUCAUUUGAAAGAGCAACAUGGCCAUAUAAAAGAAAAAAAAGGUUAUGUACGGCGAUCGGAGGAGGAAUAUGUCAAACCAAUCAAUAUUUUUGUGGAUCCUCCUCCAGCUAAUGAAAAGAGGCAAUUUGUGUGUCGUUUGUGUAAUAAGGAAACACGUAACAAGUACCAGCUAAAAAUACAUAUUGCCCAGCAUUUAGGAGUUUCGAGCAGCAAAAUCAGUGACGAUUUCUUAUUAACACAGGAUGUUGACAACUUGAUAAAGGAAGGAGGAUUAUCUAGCUCAUCUGUUAGUUCUCAGGAUAUUAAGUUAGAAAAUCUUGUGCCCAUCUGUUCAGUGGAAGUGUCCUCUCUUAAAAGAGAAUUGGAUAUAUCAUCAGCGGGUAAUGGUAUUCACAGUUUGAGUUCAGUCAACAAGACAGACAUAUCAUCUAUUUCAUGCAGUUCUAUGACACAGUCUGCUUCAUCCCUUACACCUAAGAAUCCACUUUCAGAUUCAUUACCUGGUGCAUCAGUAAUCCCUACCAUUAAGCAGGAACCCAUGGAAGAGAGCUCAAAUGAACAAGAUUCAGAUAUGGACCAAGAGGAAUCUUCAUAUUCUGGAGGUAGUGCAGUUUUCAGAUGUGGACUGUGUGCCCUUGACUUUUAUGCUCCAACUGAUUUGUAUCAACAUGCUAUAAAAGUACAUCAGAUUCAGAAUCUCUCACAAACACAACCAUCAAGACAAGUGAAUGUGUCCAAACGUGUGAAGCCAGCUAUUCCAUGUGAUUUAUGCAAUGUUACAUGUAAAAGUGCAAAGGCCUUGCGUGCACAUCAUCGGGUGAAACAUAGGAAAACCUUCACUUGUCCAGCUUGUCAUGUCUCCCACAAGAGUAUUAUUAGAUUACUACGACACCAAAGACAGAUUCAUAAGGACAAGAUUCGUUGUCGGUUCCAAUGUUCAGCGCUCUUUGACACUCGGAAGGAAAGCAUAAUUCACUGUAGAGAAGUGCACAAUAAAGAAGUUAGAAAAGUAGUAUGCCCAUAUUGUGAAGUUGAAUACCAGUAUGAAGGUAAUUUAAUCAAUCAUCUUGAGAAGUGCAAACACUGUCCACCAGAAAGGAGACCAGUUCAUGUAUGUGGUAAUUGUGAUGAGAUACUUCCAAAUAUUAAAAAAUACAAUGAGCAUAUCAAGCACUGUGUGUUAAAGGAUAAAAAAAAUAAUACUGUCUCAAAAUUUAAAAACAAAAUAAUAAAUAAAAAUGGUGUUGAAUAUGUGGAAGUGUCAGAUAACGACGGCGAUGGAAAAUCUGAAUUAUCACUGAAGUCAAACAAAGAUUUGGAAAUUGAGGAAGAGGAGAGUGAUGGAAUUGAGUCAUCAAAUUAUAAAAAGGCCCCUCAGAAAUGUAAAUAUUGUCCAGAUAAGUUUACUAAAGAAGAAAGUGCUAUAAAUCAUAUUUUAGCUGUGCAUAAGAAUUUGAUAACACGAAUGAUAACCGAGCCUCAAAUGUGUGAAGUGUGUGGUAUGAUAUUUAAAAAUCAAUUGUGUUUAUGUAAGCAUAUUUCAAAACAUUACAGUGACUUGAGCAUGUGGGAUGUACUUGUGCCUCCUGACAUUUUAGAUGUCGUUAAAGUUAAGAGCUACUGUUGGGUCUGCAAAAGUACCCUUCGAGGUAAAAUAUUACACCAUGCAAAUAUGAGAAAUGAAAACAUUGAUAAGCUGUUAGCUACUGAAGGACUGGAGUUGCAAGAAACUGAGCGUUUCCAUUGUCCCAAGUGUGAUGACUUUUUCCCUACACGAAUUGAAUUUUGGGAACAUGCAAAAGUACACUUAUCAGAACUUCCUAAAUGGUCACGUCAACUUAGUGGACCUUCUUCCUCUGACAACUGUCCAAAUAAAAUUUCUUCAACUUACGAAUGUAAUGAAUGCAGUCUAAAAUUUACUAAUAAUUCAGAAUUUUACCGACACCUAGCUGUGCACUUUCUUGAACCAUACAGUGAAGAUGGGUAUGAAAUAGACAGUAACAACAUUGAUAAGGAUGAGAAUGAAUGUAAACAGAUAGGCAAUGCAAAUGAAAUUGGUGAUGAUGAGAUAGAGGAGGACGAUUUUGAUUUAGAGGGUUUUAUGAAUCCUGACGCAAAGUACAAUUAAUUUACACUUCUAUAAUUUAUAAAUAUUAUGUGAAAACAAUUUGCUACAAGAGGUGUUCACUUGGAAGUGACGGUAAUCCCACCUGUGUCACCUAGUAUCUUAUCGUCAUUGAUGAGAAAGGGUAGUUUAUGGGUGGUAAUAAAAUGAGUUAGCCAGCUGUAUUUACAUUGCAUCCAACUGGUUAUGAGAUGGAGCUUAGUCUCCUACGUUAUGAUUGCAAGAUAUUGACCUCCUACCAUAAUGCUAUAUUGCAUCUGUAGUACAUUAUUUUAGUGUAAAUAACAUUCUGAAACAUCAUUUCAAAUUAUCUAAACCUUCAUGAUGUGCUCCAGAUGUGUACAGUAUAUAACAAAAACAAUUCCUUGUAUGAAUCGAGUCAUAAAUCCAAUUCAUGAUGUUUAAAAAUGUAAUUCAUAAAUAUUCUUCGGGCUUGAACCAUAGACCUCACACGUAUGAGGCUGAAGGUCUAUCGACCGAGCUAUUAGU